AGAAACGGGCCCCCGUUCACCGUCGUUCUCUUUCCACCAGGGUUCAGGACUCGCGAACCUCGCGGUCGCGCGACCGGGAAUCGAUAAUGCACGUUCGACGACGAUCCCGCGGCAAGACGACAUCCGGACGAUCGCGUCAGCGCGAUUAGUUUUUCACGCGUCGUUACAUCCCCGCGAGAUCGUCUGCUCCAUUGUGCACGCUCUCGUCGUGUCGUGUUCGUCUUUGUCGUCGUUAUUACCGCGUUCCUCACUCUGAUUUUUUUCUCUCUCUUGCAUGCGAGCAAGGUAGAAACGAUCGUUCACCAGGUUGAGGCACGCCAACAUCGUCGCCGAAUAGUUGCGCGAUUGGCACAAUCGUCAGCGAUUUGCUAUAUUACGCGUAAGACUCCUCGAAUGCAUUUGACGAGCUCGACAAGGCGAAAAGAAUCAGCUUUGACAAGUGACAUUCUGGUCAUUGACAAUAUUUCGUACGUUAAACAUAUUGCGAUGCGAAUUGAGAACACAAAGUACAGCAGUUCUAAGGGUGGCUAUUCCUCCUCGACCACGUCAUCGGACAGUCGCUACGAAGGACGUAUGCGCGACUCUCCAAAUGGUAACUCUUACAGUCCAGCCGGCAGCUUGGGAAUGGGCAUGGGGACGGACCGGGACAGCCCUCGGAAUUACACAUCCAAGCCUCUUUACAAGAAGGAGAGAGAAAAUAGAGACUAUAAACUAUCCUCCUCUAGGGACAAGUAUUCCGAUUGUGCACGAUCCUUAAAAGACAAGAGAAGCCGUGAGAGCAGGGAUUCAGAACACAGGACCAACCACGAUAGGAGUAGUGGGGAGAUCUUACAUCCCUUAAAAUUAUCAUCAAAUUCAUCAAGGGAAUCUUCAUCCCAGAGAAAACCAUCACACAAUUCCUGUCAGGAUAAACGUGGUGAUGAGCGAGGAGGUGCAACGGAACGGACAGCCAGAUUUGGCGAUUGGUCCGAACACAUGAGUUCGUCAGGAAAGAAGUAUUAUUAUAACUGCAAGACGGAAGUUUCUCAAUGGGAAAAACCACGGGAAUGGAUCAGUCGGACAGAUAAUCGUCAACGCCAAUCUAGUGACUACUCUUCUAGGUCAAGUCAUGAUAAACAUUCCAACUCGCGAUCAAAUAGCAGUAGCAGUAUGCGAGAUGGUAAAUCGUCGCGACAGUCUGACAAACGAGAAUACUGGAGCUUAUGUAGCGCGAGCGGUGGUGGCAGUAGCAGAGAUGAUGUUUCUGCAAGGGAAAGGGAGCGGGAAAAAGAACGGGAAAGAGAACGAGAACGAGAACGAGAGCGAGAACGUGAACGUGAACGAGAACGAGAACGGGAAAGAGAAAGAGAAUCUAGAGAAUGUAGAGAAGAAGUUAGUGUAGAACGCCAAACUCAAGAUAUGGAUAUCUCGCCAGGUGAUUCUACACCCACUUCGGAACCUUUAACGUCAUCCUGCGCUCAUGAUCCACUGCCACAAGGCCCUGUUCUCCUGGCCGCUGCGUUACCUCGGUUAACAUCACAUCCAUCGUCAACGACACCACAGGCAACUGGAAAACUUAGUUCGCCAACGCAACAACAGGGAAGUAGUAAUGCUCCAGGACCACCGGUGUCACUAGCAAAUCUUCCAAGACUACUGUCACAAAUUACGGGCAACAAAGAACAACCUGACAUCACACCACAGAAAGCAUUACAGACAAUUCAAACAGCUAUCUUACUAUCCCGACAACAGUCUGUUAGUGGGGAUCGAACUAAUACUGGAAGUGAUGUGAUGGUUCCAUUAAAAGUUGAUACAAGUGGCAAUAUUACCAGCGAGGGUCCACCUACUCCCACACAUUCAGAAACCCAGGAUUGUAUUGAUGCGCGAAAAUUGACAAGUCCUGGAGGAACAAAUUCCGGAGUACAAGGUCUAAGCUCCUUGCAAAGUCUCAGUACAUUAGGUUCUCUUGGAAAUUUGAGUAAUACAGGAGGUUUACAGGCAUUGUCGAGAGUGCAGCCUCCUUUAACACCUUCUUUAACACCAUCUCUCGCUAAUCAUUACCGGGAAGACUUGACACAGCAUGUGCGUGCUUUUCCCGCUGAUAUUCUCGAAAAACAGGCACAGAAACUUAGUGAGGAAGCACAUACAAUGGGCAGUUUGCAGUGUACGAGAGUGUCCGCAGAAUUGAAGACGGCACGAUCGAUAGUGAGGCUGACAGAAAUUCAGGCAACGUUACAGGAACAAAGGAUAUUAUUCCUCCGUCAACAAAUUCAAACACUAGAGGAGUUAAAAUCCCAAAAUUCCUUCAUGUCUGACGAUUCUUAGUGUAAGAAUCUUUAUAAAAUAAUUAUGAUUACAAUCUAUAAUUAAUUCAAGCAAAAUAAAACAUGAUUAUUAAUAUUCUCAUUAAUAUUGAAUAAUUAAGAUUGUACCUAAAUUAUAAUAUCGUAAUAGAAGUGAUAUAAUAGCGAAUGAACAUGGGCUGCUCAGAGAGGAUUGGCUGUUUCAUUUAUCAGCCAACGAGUCUUAAUAAGUAAUUAAUGAAUUUAUUAGUGAAUCCACCUCUCUGAGAAGCACAUCAGGCCUAUCCAAUACAAGUAGCACAGCAGUGCUUGCAAAGUGAUUAUAUGCGCUUUUUUAGCGUUUUGUUAACGCUUUGUAAGCGCUGUGCUACUUGGGAAGUCGCAAACACAACACUAAAUGAUUAGAAAAACGAAUCAAUUUUAUCAGUUCAAUGCAAACUACUGAAUUGUAUAUCUGAAUUGUCCACAUCGUCUUGUAUUUACCUAUGUUAUACGUGUCAAUGUUUCAUAUCCCAAGAUUAAGCGGCAUUUUAACUAGUUGAAACAUUUUUGUUGUAAAUCUCGGAAUAAAAUUCGUGCCACAAA